AUUGAUUCUUUAUUUUAAAACGAAUAAUACUAUAUACAUUUGUUUUUUUAAUACCAAUAAAAUUAUUUUGUCGAUAUAAAGAAAAAGUCAUCAAAAACCACUGGUUAGCACAUUGUAUCAAUAAUAUCAAUAAAUAGUAAUAUCAUUAACAAAAUAAAAUAUAGCGUUUAUGAUAUAUCUACACGUAUUUAAUUUAUUAUCUACACCACUGAACAACUAUUAGGUACUAACCAACCUUAAAUGUUUUCGAUAAGAACUUUGUAACUGGUUAUAUAAACUUGCUAACGGCUAGUAGUUAGUCAUUCGUGUUCUUGUGUUUUAGUUCAUCGUUGACAUUGAUACCUACUGAUUACGUAGUUUUGGCAGUUUUCGUUAUUGGAACCAAUAAACGAUAAGGAGAUGCAUUGGCUGUGCAAGUGUGUUAUCGGUUUGGUGAUGUUGGCCACCACUACCUGGUCAUCGACGGUGGCGGGCGUAACACAGAAAUGUGUGCCCCCCGGACCAGGGCCGUCGCUGAACAACACUCUUUACGGCAAGUCUUACCUGUACAAACUAGAGCAGGAAUUCAGCAUUAAACUUUUGCAAACUCUUGCGACCUCUUCGAAUAAAAAUAACUUGAUAUUCUCGCCACACAGCAUAUACAUGGUUAUUUUGAUCACUUACUUCUGGAGUAACGAAAAGAACUUAAGGAGUUUCCUCCAUCUACCGCCAGACCAGGACAAAAUGAGCGUGAUACAAGCGUACCGUAUGGAUAAACUGUUCCUUUCAAAGAGAGCAUUGAACACCAGCGCAGAUUACAAGUUCAGCUCGGUUAACGGUAUAUUCUACCAAUAUCCGAUAGAAGAGUGCAUUGCUGAAUUAUUGAAGGACGAGAUGCACAAAAUUGAUUUCGCUGUCAAUCCCGAACUGGCUAACAAGUACAUCAACAACUGGGUGUCCAACCACACCAACCAGAUAAUCAAGGAUUUAUUUCCCGUGGGGAUGAUCACCUCUCGGACGAUACUUGUGCUGGCAAACGCGGCGUACUUCAACGGCUAUUGGAGCUCGGGUUUUGACAGCACGGAAAAUGAUAUGUUUUACACGUCACCCUCCAAGUACGAGUAUGUAACGAUGAUGAAAAAAACUGCAGUCUUCAAAAUAUCGAACUCCAGCGAGUUGGGCUCGCGCAUCAUAGAACUCCCGUACAAAGGCGGUGACAUUAGUCUGUUCGUGAUCCUGCCAAAUGUCAACGAAGAACACGGAAUUAGUCAGCUUAGUAAGAUGCUAAGUACGAACACUAUUCAAAAUAUUGUCUCGUCAAGCCAAUGGAGGUUGGAUUAUGUCAAUGUGUAUCUGCCCAAGUUUAACGCCACACAUACAAUUGGUGACCUCAGGGAGACUUAACUGGAAUUGAUUUUACUGCCAAAUCAUCAUAUAUUUCCCAAUUGUUAUUUAACCUUCUACAAUACGCUUUAUAGUGACCUACACCACUUAUGUCUCCGGUCAAUGAACAAAUACCUCUGAGUUCAUAGUUCACAUUUUGAACACUUAGUACAGGAGGGAUAUCUGAUAGUUUUAUAAGUACAUUGGUUCUUGGAUGAUUUUGGCUGGUAAAUCCUAAAAUUAUUUUAUUUAUUAAUUAAACGUAUAUUAUUUUAAAUACAUAAGAUUAUACAUUUAUACA